GCCAGCGAUUCCCUCCAUCAACCCUUGUGUUUCUGAGCCCGAUCUCCGGGCUCUGUCUUCUCUCUCUUCUGAAGAUCUGCCGUUUGGGUUUGCAGAGUUCAGCCUUUCUUUUCCUUCAGUUGUUGCAAGACCUAACUUCCCUCCACUCCGCUUUCCCUUUGCUGCAAUGUGCUUAAAAACUAGCCGCACCUCACUUAUUUACAUUUCUUGUGGGGUGGGGAUGGAAAAUCGCUUUCCUGGCUCUCUAUGCAAACAAAUCACGGUGCUCUCAGCUCCAGGGUUGCGGCGGCCACCUGCUUGCCGGGAGGCGUGAGUGUGGUUGGAUUAGAGGCUGUUGUGGGGCGAACCGAGAGCCAUUUAAUGGUAGCGGUUUCUGCCAGAAGCUAUCUCUAGGCUCCGGUGUUAUCUUUUGGGGAAUUAGAACAGAGGAGAUCCGCCACUGUGUCUCCCAUUUUCCAGUCUCUCCGGGAGAUGGGGAAAUUAGGACUCUAUCUAAGAACUAGGCUUUCUCCAUCGCCCUCGCGUCUUCUCUGGACUGUAGAAAAAUGCUUCCGGUUUAGACUACGGAAUGGUCACUCAUUUUUGGCGCCUGAGGCGGGGUUUGUGUGUGUGCGUGUGCCAUAUAUGGAAAAUUGGAACAGCUCACGUGAGAGCUGGAAACCCCUUCCACUUCCUUGUAACUAAAAAGACCUUUGCCGCCUUCUCCAAGCUGUGAUGUGCUCCAGAGAUAUAGGAUUUCAGCUACCAGAUCCUUGCCCAAUAUAGUCCUGUGGGUUGGGGUUUGUGGGAAUGGAAACGCAGGACAUCUGCAGAAUAAUACAGAAUCACCUCUACUUCAAGAGUUUACUGGAUGAUCCAGGAAAGUAAUUAAUAGCAGCAUGCUUCUAGAUCAGCUUGGUUCAGAUGUAGUUGUUCAGGACAAACGAAAACAAUUUCUUCCGCUGUUGUAACUGCUUCACGAUCCAUAAGAGAAGCAAGAUUAUUUAUUAAAUUAAUUUAUACUAACAUAAACCUAUAUUAGCAUUCCAUUUUGAGAUGUGAUGAAGAUGACUUUCUCAAAAGCCUCCUUGUUAAAAAAAAGAUUGCUGCUGUUCCUUGGCUCCUACCCAUACUUUCAAUUCCACAUUUGUCUAAUAAAAGCUUGUGAUUUUUUUUAAGGGUCUCAUAUUUUGAGGAGGGAUCAACAAAAUAUUUUUGUAGGGUGUGGUUAGAUGUUUGGUUGUAAUAUAUUUAAAUUCAGCAAUCCCCAACUUUGUUGGCACCAGGCACCAGUUUCGUGGAAGACAUCGAGGAAGGGUGCUUUAUUCCCACUGUUAAUAAAAUACCCUCCAAAUGUUUUGCAUAGUUCUGAUACAAAGAAACCUCUCAAUAGAUGUGGUACCUCUCUCAGACACAGUUCAAUCUAGUUAUAUUCUGAGGUUCAACACAGAAUGACAGAUGUAAUCAAAAAUUUGCACCAUGCCGACAUACUUUUUUUUAAAAAAAAAAUGCUAUGUGUAUUAUUUAAUUAUGCCAUUUGUGUGUGUGUGUAUGCUAAAUAUAACAUUAGCAUGAUAACUUAGUCAUUAACUUUGAAUGAGUUUAAGGAGAAUCAUUUUGGUGUAGUGGUGAAGAUGCUGGCCUAGAAACUAGGAGACUUGAGUUCUAGUCCUGCUUUAGGCAUAAAAACUGGCUGGGUAACUUUGGGAAAUUUACUCUCUUAGCCCAGCUCACUGUGGGGAAAAUAGAAGGAGGAAAGAGUAUUAGAUAUCCUUGCCACCUUGAGUUAUUUAUAAAAGUAAUAAAAUAAUAAAGAUGGGGUUAGCAAGACAAAACCUAUUGCAAAGCUCCUUGCAAUAAUGCCUUAUUGAUACAAAUUCUUUGCAUUAUUUUUAGUGCAAGAUGAAAUCCCCAAAAUUGCACAGAAUAUGCAAUCCUUGCUUGUUCUCGGGACUCAGUACAAAACUUGCCAUAAGGCCAUAAGUCUGGGAGUGAUCCACUGCUCUGCCAUACACUUAAUACAUCCCUUCUGGAGCAGGAUUUUUGUAAUUCUGUUAGAGAAUGAUGUGAUUUGGAGCAUCACGUCCGACAGCCGAUCCAUGCUCCAUAGUAGCUGAAGAUUGUUGAGUAGAGAAGCUGCCUCUCUGAAACAUCAACUUUCUUAAAAGAAAGCAGUUACUUUUUAUGGCCAAAUCUGCAGUCUUUUUUUGGGGGGGGGUGCAGGUUUAUCCCCCCCCCCAUCCCUAGGGAUCACAGUAUUCUAGCAUACAAAUGGAUGGAACAGUGAUUUUCAGCUCCUUUUCUAUAUAGAUGCAGUACUGCAGCUUUUGGUGGUGGAAUUUUAGCUUGGUGAUUGGCACUGAUGAAUGCAUGAAAGUAGAUGCCUAUUUCUGCCUUCACAGAGCAAAAACCCUUUCCCCAAUACAGUGAUCCAGCCCUUAAUAGAAGCCCUAUUCAUUUCAGUUGUAGCCCAGGAAUCAUUCUAAAGUCAGGGUAAUUCUCCUAAUACGUUUAUGCUCGUAGUGGACCUGCAGGCUUGGCUAUGAUACUUUGAAAGACUGGCAGUCUUCUUAUGUCCAUUUUUUGCUGGAGAAAAACGGCUGGAGAUGGCCUACAGUAAUCUACCGGUAGAAUAUUUGAUGUUAUGCAGAAAGGCAAUGUUGUAGUCAUGCUUGGCUGACUUAAUUAAUUCAUUCAUUGUUCUAAUUAUAACCCACUUGCUUCCAGGCAAACCAGCCUGUGGAAUUCCGGGUGUGGUGUCUGCAACUGUUGCCACAAUGUGGUUUUCCCAGACUUGUGGACUCCUUUUUGUUAUCUCUAUCACCAGAGCAAGCCACCUUCUACCCAGGCCACUUUCUCAUUGCAGAGGGCAAACGGCGACCCCUGAGGAUGAAAUGAAAUUUAGAGAAAUAUAUUUUUGUUCUUAAUAGAUUACUGUGCCUUGUCUUUUUCUCCUCCUCUACCCCCCCCCCCCCCCCCACACCCUCCUCUCCAAAACAGGCAUCGUGCUCUGUCUCCUCCAACAGCUGAAGUUAUCUCUUUGCAGUUUUCCUCCAGCCCGGGUCUCAGAACUGCCAUCUCAGGGUAUUUUAAUCCCAUUAUGAGCAAUAGAGAAGCCUGAGUCAGAGGCAUGUUGUGAAAUGAGUGGUCGUGGCCUGACCUGGAAACUGUGUUGCAAUCCCAGAGCUGGAAAAAAAAAAAAGCCUCACGUGAGUCAGGAGCAAGUUGCAGCAAGCCAUCAGGAUGGCAGAGAUUUGAUUUAGGGCUGUGUCUGGCUGGAGCCCUGACAGAGAAACUCGUUUUCUGCUUUCUUGCAUUUGGAGUAUCCAGAGCCUCUUGUGGAAACAGGAGACCAUGUUUCGCAGCGAGGAGAUGUGCUUGGCCCAGCUCUUCUUGCAGUCGGCUUCAUCCUAUGCGUGUGUUAGUGAAUUAGGAGAGCGAGGCCUCGUGGAGUUCCGUGAUCUGAAUCCUCAUGUCAGUGCCUUCCAGCGGCGCUUUGUGGGCGAAUUGCGGCGUUGUGAAGAAAUGGAGAAAACUUUCACUUUUUUGGCCCAGGAAGUGCAGAAAGCUGGACGGUCUUUGGAGCCUCCAGAGGAGAAUCUGCCAGCCCCCUUGGCCCGUGAGGCCCUGCGUAUCCAGGAGCAGUCUGAGACCCUGUCACAGGAGCUGCGGGAGGUGAGCCACAACCGGGAGGCCCUGCUUGGUCAGCUUCAGGAACUGCGAGAGCAUAUUCAGGUGCUGCAGGAGGGCCAGCGUUUCACUGGUCAAUUGCAGGUGCCCCUUGAUUCGCCUGUCCUUUCUCGUGCUUUCUCUGAAAGAGAUCCUCUGCUUGACCCCACCAUGCUACACCGUCCUGACCUCAGAAUCAACUUUGUGGCAGGUGUGAUACAUCCAUGGCGGGUGAAUUCCUUUGAACGGCUGUUGUGGCGUGCGUGCCGUGGAUACCUUGUUCCUCAUUUCACAGAGAUGACAGAGCCAAUUGAAAAUCCAUCCACGGGGGAAAGCAUCACCUGGGUCAUCUUCCUCAUCUCCUACUGGGGUGAUCAGAUUGGGCAGAAAAUCCGUAAGAUCGCCAACUGCUUUCACUGCCACCUGCACCCGUAUCCUGAGAAUGAAGCUGAGCGCAUGGAUACCUUACGUGGGCUGCGAACUCAAGUGGAAGACCUGAACAUUGUAUUGGGCCAGACAGAACAGUACUUGGACCAGGUGCUUCAAAAAGUACUUUUGUUUCUACCUGCAUGGCAAGUCCAGAUCCAGAAGAUGAAGGCUAUCUACUUCAUCCUCAACCAGUGCAGCUUCAGCAUCACUGAUAAAUGCCUCAUUGGGGAGGUCUGGUGCCCUGUCCGUGACCUUCCUGCUGUGCAACUGGCCCUGCGCGAAGGAUCGCAGCGCAGUGGUUCUGGAGUAGAGUCCUUUGUCCACCGGAUUAUCUGCACUGAGAGCCCCCCAACUCUCAUUCGCACCAAUAAAUUCACUGCAGGCUUCCAGAACAUUAUUGAUGCCUAUGGGGUGGCCAGCUAUCAAGAGAUGAACCCAGCUCCUUACACCAUCAUCACUUUCCCUUUCCUCUUUGCCGUCAUGUUUGGGGAUGUUGGCCAUGGACUACUGAUGUUCCUCUUUGCCCUUUGGAUGGUGCUUUUUGAGAACCGGCCUGGAAUGAAGAAGGCGGAAAAUGAGAUCUGGCAGAUGUUCUUUGCGGGCCGCUACCUCAUCCUCUUAAUGGGUGCCUUCUCUAUUUACACUGGUUUCAUCUACAAUGAAUGCUUCAGCAAGGCACUGACUAUCUUCCCCUCUGCUUGGAGUGUUGCUGCUAUGGCCAACAACUCGGACUGGAGCUCGGAAUAUAUCAUAGAAAGCCUUUCUCUAAAUCUGGACCCCAAUGUCACUGGCGUCUUUAAUGGUCCCUACCCUUUUGGGAUAGAUCCGAUCUGGAGUCUGACUAUUAAUCACCUCACCUUUCUAAACUCCUACAAAAUGAAGAUGUCUGUGAUCUUGGGCAUUUUUCACAUGACCUUUGGAGUGUUUGUUGGCAUCUUCAACCACUUCCACUUCAAGCAAAGAUACAAGCUCCUAUUGGUUUUCCUUCCAGAGAUCACUUUCCUUCUGCUGCUUUUUGGCUACCUUGUAAUCCUGAUAUUUUACAAAUGGUUUAUGUAUGAUGCUUCUAACUCCAUGUUCGCCCCUAGCAUUCUCAUCCAAUUCAUUAACAUGUUCCUGUUUUCAGAGAGUGCUGGAAGUCCUCCGCUCUAUAAGCACCAGAAAACAGUGCAGAUGGUAUUGAUGUUGGUGGCUGUGCUCUCUGUCCCCAUCCUGCUGCUGGGGACGCCCUUUUAUCUCUGGCACAAACAUCACCAGAAGGUUCCUAAAUCUCAGCGCAAUCCUUCCACAGCAGGAGAGCGGCAACCUCUGCUGAACUCUCAGGAACGAAAGAGAUCUGUGAACAUUGCUGAAGGUGACAUGGAUCACAUGGAAAGCAACCAGGAGGAGGAAGAGGAGAAGUUUGACUUCAGUGACGUGUUUAUGCAUCAAGCAAUUCACACUAUUGAGUUUUGCCUGGGCUGCAUCUCGAACACGGCCUCUUAUCUGCGUCUCUGGGCUCUCAGCUUGGCCCAUGCACAGCUCUCUGAGGUCCUCUGGACCAUGGUGAUGAAGAAUGGCUUUUUGAUGGGCUACUAUGGCGGGGUUGUCCUUGUUCCCGUCUUUGCUUUCUUUGCAGUAUUGACUGUUGCAAUUUUGCUGGUGAUGGAGGGACUCUCAGCUUUCCUGCACGCCCUACGUCUUCAUUGGGUGGAAUUCCAGAACAAAUUCUAUUCAGGUGCUGGGUACCAGUUCAACCCCUUCACCUUCACCAGUGACAUUUGGAUCUAACAAGAAAAGUGACUGCUUCUCUCCAGAAAAGGAAUAUUUAGUGUGCCGUCCUGAACUAAUGGGCAAAGCUACCACCUUAUGUUGCUUUUUUUUUUUUUGCUGAUUCUUGCUUACCCAUCUACUGGUUGUGACUUCUAUCCAGGCAGAACAUGCACUAGCCUUUAACAACCUGUUAUAAUUAAACCGAGAUCCUGUGCUGACUCACACAUGAAAUAUCAGUAUUUGGGCUGACAUUUUGGAACUGAAGGAACAAUCUUCCAGAUCUGUGUUUUGAAUCAUGCCACAUUGCUUCCAGACCUUUUGAUAAUGUUGCUCCAAUAACCUUCUUAUCUAUGUCUCUGUAACUUGAAAGCUCUGGUGGAAAAGGAAAAUCAGAAUAUAGGAAAUAUUGAAAAGUGGUCCAUUAAGAUUUACUAGAACAUUGUCCAUUUGUAUCACUCAUUUGUUUAAAAAGGGACCGGUUUACUUACUUAAGAUUAGUUGACAAGAGACCUGGCCUAGGCACUUUUUAAAUUGCCUUCUGCAGAUCUGCACUAGAAUUUUACUGGUGUUAAUGUCCAGGUCAGCCUCAGAAAGUUUUAUUUAUGACAAAGAAUUCAGGUUGAUGCUGCAUCUGCCAAAAUAUGAGGUGGAGGCUCUGGGAAGUCCAAGCUGUCAAGACAGGCUUGAUCUAAAGCAAUGCAGUGGACAUGUUGGGGGUUAAUACAGGGAAGUGGAUUGAGAUGACUGUGGCUGUUCUUUCUAUUGAACUCAGUUUACUGGCUGUUAGCAAAACACAUCAAUGGAACGUGGACCAGAGAUGGAGCAAAUGAAAACAGCACCUCUCCCAUGUGGGCCAACUAAGUUUAAUUUUGCCAAAAACAAAAGAGGGAUUCUUGGCAUGAAGUGCACUACAAGUUUCCUUCACAUUGAAGGCAGGGAGGCCUCAAAAAUGCAUCAAAAUCUUGUCACAUCCUCCCAUUAAGAGAAGGACAGUGCAUUCAAUAGGCCAUGUAGAAUUCUGUGCUAAAGACAUUGAAAUCCUUAUCCCUGUGGCACUAACUUGGCAAUAAAAAUAAAACUCGCUGCAUUUUUA